GUUUGUUUUAUCUUUUUGUGUGUGGCAGGCAUUCUUCUUUCGAUGGCAUCACUAGUUCCUCCCUUUGUCCUCUCACACUCCACAUCUGUUAAAAUCUGCCCUGCCUCCUUCACAUCUCUUGUUUCUUGCAGGGAGGCUAAGGGAGAAGGGAGAGUGAUUUGGACUGAAGCCAUGGCCAUUUCAGAUGGAGCGGUUGAAAUACCAGCCUUGGGCCGCCCAUUUCAGCUUGGGAUGCUGUAUGACUGCCGCAAAGAUGCCCUCAUCCCAGGGGUCACCCUUUGGGACCCGGACUCACUUCGGAAGGACUUGAGUAUCCAAAGGCAGCCCAAGACUGAAAUUGAGAUCAUUGCUUCUGAUUCCAUUGAAGAUAAGACCUCUGCCCUCAAUGCCUCGGCAUCACUCAGAGUCAGUUUUCUGGGGGGACUGGUUGAAGUGGAAGGAUCAGGCAAAUUCCUUGAAGACACCAAAAAGUUUGGGCAACAGACCAGAGUCACUCUGCAGUACAAAGCUACCACGAAAUAUGCUCAACUGACGAUGAGCCAUUUGGGAAUCCAAAACAUCUCUUACCCAUCUGUAUUUGAGCAUGGUAUGGCUACCCACGUUGUCACUGCCAUCUUGUAUGGAGCCCAGGCUUUUUUUGUAUUUGACCGAGAAGUCUCUUCUUCUGAGUCUGUAAAAGAGAUAGAAGCAAAACUCCGAGGUGCAAUCCAGCUCUUUAUAGUCUCUGCUGAAGGGAAACUGGCCUUCAAAACAACAGAGAGGGAGAGGAACUACACUGAGAAGUUCCGCUGCAAAUUCCACGGAGAUUUUGUUCUGGAGAGGAAUCCAGUGACUUUCCAAGAUGCCAUGCAAGCAUACGCCAUCCUUCCUGCAAUGCUGGGGAAGGACGGGGAGAGGGCUGUUCCUGUAACCGUUUGGCUGUACCCACUGACCAAGCUGGAUUCCCAAGCAGCUAAGAUGGUGCGUGAGAUCAGCUUGGCCCUGGUCUUUGAUAGUCAAGCCAUCAUGGAGCAACUGAAUGAAAUCAGGAUGAGAUGCAAUGACUUGACAAACACCCGCAUUGCGAACAUCUUCCCAGAAAUAAAGAUGAAAAUCAAGAGAUUCAAGGAUUUGUGCAAGCAGCACAGGCAGACUUUCCAGAAACACCUGGCAGGAAUCCUGCCUUCUAUCAGAGGAGGGGGUAAAAUGGAACAAGCACUGGUGGAGAUCUUCAUUUCCAUUAACCAGUCUCCCUUCAACAGCCAAAGACUCAACGAGUUUCUGGAUGCCAAGGAACGAGAGAUUAUUUUGGUGAACUCUUACCUUAAUAUUCUACAUGGGAUGGAAGUCAUCUCCUCCAAGAACAAACUGGAAGAAAUAGUGCUAAGCCCUGCAAAUGAGUUUGUUCUCACAUUUACCUUCAGUUCUUUACAUGACGAGGAACCAUUUUUAGCCAGCUUACAACAAUGGCUUCAGAAGCCAGCAAGAGGACAGACAGAGCAUUGGAAAGCCUGGUUUGAGCAAAGAGAGAGAACCCAAAAAGCUCGGAAAGCUGCCAAAUCUAUUAUGGAUUUUGCCCAAAUCAAUGAAUCCAAUGGGAAGACCCGGUUUCUUGUGGCUUCUGUCCCAGAUCAGGACAACCCAGGAGCUUCCAUUUACCUCUAUGAAGAUGGGGAGAUGGUCAACAGCAACUUUGAGCUGCCCUCAAAACCUCUCCCUCCCCUGGUUGGCCAAAUUGGACAUGGCCAUGUGCAGCUGACAUUUCAACCCGCAGAGUAUGGGAGGGCUGCAAUCUCCAGUUAUCAGGUAGAAUACAAGAUUGCAGGAGAAGGAAACUGGCAGAUUGUGAAUACAGACAACAGUCAGGAGACGUUCCACGUGAAAGGGUUGAGGCCGGACUCAGAAUACCAGUUUCGAUACACUGCUAGGAGCAAACCAGGACUUAGUGAGACUAGUGAUUUGAGUAGAUCUGUAAAGACACUUCCUACCAGCCCUCCUGGGAAACCAAGAGAGAGAACUGUAGAGUCUUCCAAAAUCAGUCUUGUCUGGGAGAGCCCAAAGGUCAUUGGAGCUGAUAUAAAGGAGUACAAAGUGGAGUACAGGGGGCUGGUGGGCGAUAAGGACAGAUGGAAUGAAAAAAGAACAGGGGCAAGAACAGAGUCCUGCCAGCUGGAUGGACUGAAGCCUCACAGAACCUACAGACUCAGAGUCUCAGCUGUAUGUUUUGAUGGGGCUGAGAGUGAGCCCAGUGAAGAGACUGAGAUUUCCACAGCAAUGGAAGAAGAAGAAGACGACGGGGCAAAUAUACUAGCUCGAAAAUACCUUCAAGAAAGCACCCUGGUGGAAGAUGGGCAACCAUCCGUGUAUGUACUUCCCCUGGAGGCCACCUCAGAUCGAUCGGCCCCCGUCCAAACGUAUCAGCUAGGAAAAGAGAACAUGCAGGUCCCCAACAAAGUAAUUGUGAUGAUGGGGGCAACAGGGUCAGGGAAAACCACUCUUGUCAAUGCCAUGAUCAAUCAUAUCCUGGGUGUGCAAUGGGAAGAUGAUUUCCGAUUCAAACUCAUUCAGGCUGAAAGUCAGUCCUCAGAAGUGACCGCCUACGUAGUGCACCACCAGAAGGGUUUGGAAGUCCCUUAUUCUCUCACUUUCAUUGACACUCCAGGAUUUGGAGACAUGGGAGAUAGGAAGCAGUACAAACAGAUAACAAAGCAGAUCCGGGAGUUUUUCUCCACCCCGGGAGGAACGGAUCAUGUCGAUGUCAUCUGUAUUGUACUUCAGGCCUCCAGUGCUGCCUUAACUCGUGCCCAGAAAUACGUCUUUGACUCUGUGCUCUCCAUUUUUGGGAAAGAUAUAAGGAACAACAUCCAGAUCCUGAUCACCUUUGCAGACGGACAUUCUCUUCCUGUUUUGGAAGCCAUGAAGAAGGAGGAUGUGCCAUGCAUUAAAGAUUCCAGGGGUAGCCCAGUUCACUUCAAAUUCAACAAUUCAGCUCUGUUUGCCAGCAAUUCUGAAGAGAAUGAAGGGAACCUAAAUCCUAAUGACAAGUUCUGGAAAAUGAGCACUGCAAGCAUGAAGACAUUUUUUGACACAUUAAGCUUACUAGACAGUGAAAGUUUAACUCUGACGAAGGAAGUGCUCAGGGAACGGAAGGAGCUAGAAGCCAUCACAGAAGGGUUGCAGCCCCAAAUCAGAGCUGCCCUUGGAAAGCUGGAAGAGUUGAGGAAGACGAGGCAAGCUCUGGAGGAACACAAGUCUGAGAUGGCAGUCAACAUAAACUUUGAGUUUGAAGUAGAAAAAUCUGUGCCACAGAAGGAAGACAUCUCUGCCGCUGGAAGAUUCACAACCAAUUGCAUGAACUGUCACUACACCUGCCAUUACCCUUGCCCGAUCCGGAGAGAUGAGGGCAAGCGCCGUUGUGUAGCUAUCAAUGCAAACACGGGGAAAUGCAAUGUCUGUCCUGGCCGCUGCGUGUGGAACAUGCACUUCAAUCAGAAAUACCUGUUUGAAUAUAAAGUAACAAAAGAGAUAAAGUCUUAUGAUGAGUUGAAGCAAAAGUAUGCAGACGCCUCUGGAGAGGCGAUGACCCCAGAGAAGGUGCUUGGAAAUCUCAACCAGGAAUACAAAGAGGCUAAGCAAGCCUUAGAAGACCUCAUCCAGAAAUCAUCUCAAAGCCUCCAGCGCUUGCAUCAAAUUGGGUUGAAGCCCAACCUGCUCUCCACCCAAGAAUACAUUGACCUGCUCAUCAUUUCAGAAGAGCAGGAUCUGAAGCCUGGAUGCCAGGAGAGAAUCCAAUUGCUGAAGGAAGUGAGGGAAUCGGCUGAGCUAAGAGAAAACAUUGCAAGCAAGGAACCUCUGCUGCUGGAGGAGGAGGAUCUGUUCAAAGACAGUGAAAUGGAAAGGCGUUCUGCCCUGCAGGCCAGAUUUAGGAAGUUUGUUUGCUUUUGAUGCACAUUGCACCGGGACAGGUAUAAAUAAAAUAUUAAUGGUUCUAGAUUC